AUGUCAGAAGUGUUAAUAGGAAAAAAUUUCAAGCUUACUAAAAAAUUAGGAAGUGGUGGAUUUGGUUAAAUUUAUUUAGGUGUAAAUACAAAAUCAAAUUUGGAGGUUGCAAUCAAACUUGAGAAGAAUAAUUCAGCUUGCCCUCAAUUGUAAUAUGAGGCAUAAUUUUAUAAACGUCUACUCAAGGAUGCCUCAGUUCUUAAUAAUCGUGGAUUGCCUCACGUUUAUUACACAGCAAGAGAAGGAGAUUUUACUUAUAUGGUUAUGGAUCGUUUAGGAAGUUCUCUAGAAGAUCUGUUUUAAAAAUGUGGAAGGAAAUUUUCUCUUAAAACAGUCCUUAUGAUAGGAAUAUAAAUGGUUGAGCGUAUUUAAUUCAUUCAUAGUAAGGAUGUUUUGCAUAGAGAUAUAAAGCCUGAUAAUUUUUUAAUGGGUAGAGGACGUAAUGCACAUAUCGUCUAUAUAGUUGAUUUCGGCCUUGCAAAAAAGCUAGUAACUCGAAAUGGAAGCCACAUUCCUUAUAAAGAAAAUAAAAAUUUUACUGGUACUGCUCGUUAUGCUUCGUUAACAACCCAUCUUGGAAUAGAACAAGGUAGAAGAGAUGAUCUAGAAGGAAUGAUGUAUGUCCUCCUGUACUUCUUACUAGGCAGUCUACCUUGGAUGGGAGUUCGCUCAAAUACAAAAAAAGAAAAAUACGAUAAAAUUAUGGAGAAAAAAAUGACUCUUUGCAUUAGUGAGGUUUUCAAUGACCUGCCAAAGGAGUUUGUGGAACUAUUCAAAUACAUCCGCAACUUAGAGUUUGAGGAGAUACCAGAUUAUGAUUACAUAAAAAGAACUUUCGAAUAAGUCUUUAACCGCGAAGGGUACGAGUUAGAUUACCAAUAUGAUUGGAUAUGCAAUCUUAAUGCAGAUGAAGAAAAGAACUCUUCUUGA